AUGUACCUCCCUUUCCUCCACUUCGAUACAUACAUCGAUAUUCUUCGCCGUCGCAAUUUUAUCAAGCAUCGCAUGCAGCAUGGGCGCGCUCGUCCCGUCCCUCGUGAAAUCGCAGAGCUAGACUCCGCGGAACUCCGAAUGAUCUGGGAGUACAUCGGAUACGACCCGCCCCUCAACUAUCGUCGUACUCUGGACCAGUUUGCCUACCCUUCGUUGAGAGACACCUGGGCCCGAGACGAUGAUCAGAUGCUGUACAAGCUGACGAAGGACCGCACUUCAAACGGGAUGGAUCGAGAACAAAUGAGUCUCCAGAGGAGACAGACGGUUGGAUCGACAUGGAGUCCUGCGGAGAAACUGACACCUUCAAGUACGGGUUUGCUGGAAGAGGAUACCCCGGAUACAGAUGACGACGACGAGGACUUGGAAGAGGUCAUAAAGGAUGGAAAAGUUCUCAUGGUCGACCAGCUAUGGUUAUGGGCCAUUGAUACGACGACACUAUCAACAUUCUUCAACCGCAGAGAGUCCAAGCCAAAAGAAGGGCCUCUGUUUCAGCAAGCGGACCUCAGAAACAGUGUAUACAACGAGCUCAACGGAGACCUGACAGGGCGCUGUGAGAAUUCGUUAGACCUUGCAGCGUUCAUUGUACUGCAUGCAAUAACCGUUCUACUCGAUCGGGCGUCGCAUCCAGACUUGGAGGUCUUCAGAAUCUUCGAAGAGGCUAUCAGCAUGCUGCAUUUCCGCAUGCAAACAUUCAAGGACGUGGGUGGCUCCGAUUCGGACUCGGACAGUAACCGGCCAGAAUCCAUCAAGAAGCGCCACAAGCGAGAGCUAGAGGAAGCUGAACGCGAGAACCGUGAAAACACCUCGGCUCUCAUGGAGCUUCGCGAUCUGGAGGAUGAGCUCAAAUCUUUGGAGAGACUCUUCGAAGCGCAAGAGGUUGUCGUCCGGAACAUGAAGAGCAUUUUCGAAGGGGAGGACCUGAAACAUUUGACACGAAACGGCCAGAUGUAUCUUGAAGAGUCGCUAAGCAAGGUGGACGAGUACAAGAGCCAGACGAUGGAGAUGCUGAAACGGGUUGAUACAACUAGGGCUGAUUACGAAAAACUCCUUGAGAUGGUUCAACGCAAAGCUCAAGUCGACGAAGUUCGCUGGUCCCGUCUCCAGACCGAGCUAGCAUCAUCUCAAAAUCUAUCCGUUAUGAUCUUCACCACUUUUACUGUCAUCUUUCUCCCACUGUCCUUCUUUACGAGCCUCUUCGGCAUGAACACGGUUGAGUGGGAACACCAACUCCCGACCAUCAGCUUCAUCGGCGCGGUCUCGCUGCCCUUGUCCGUGUUCAUCAUCGCCACAGCACUUGUUGCAGCUUUCAGUAGUCGCGUGCAGGGCUUCGUCAGGAUCGGGUACAAGGGUGGAAGAAAAGUCUUAGAGGCCUUGGGGUCCGGAGUCAAGAAGGUUGUGCCAAGAAAGAAGCGGGAAAAAAGGCGCGUCAACAAGUUGGAGAGGGAAGAGAGAAGGACAAGGCGAAGGGAUCGCGGAUAUGACUUCUGGCAGAAUGUGAGGAGGGAGAGGGCGAGUGAAUAUCGCAUCCCGGAGGUUAACCGUAACAAGACGAAAGUAUAG